AUGACGGCUCCUAGCGACGAUAUGGAGAUGGAGAAGAUAGCUGAGGAUGAGCUUUCUAAGCUACAGAGACAGUUCCGAGUGAUGGAGAUAGACCGAGCCACCGUGAUGAGCAGCGUGCAGCCGACCCUGCGGGUGCAGAGGAACAUUAUCAAGACCCUCAACGCCGACUUGGAGAAGAUCAUGAUGGAGCUCAAGCUGACCAAAAGCACCUCUAACGUCAUGGAGAACGUGCGAAUUCGUGACAAGCUGGUCUCCCUGCUGAAGGAACACGAGCGGUUCUCCACAGAGGUCCGCGAGCACAGGGGAACCAUCAGCGAGCUGGACUUCCUCUUGAAGCAAGUUCAGAAGGAGAUCAAGGGGCUGAAGGCGAAGGGCACUGGGUGUGAGCUGGAAUACGCGAAGACCCUGACCAACCAGACCAUGCUGAGCCAGCUGGAGAACCGCCUCGACACCGCCAUGAAGAAGUUCAACACAGUCAACAGCGAGAACUACAAGAUGAGGGUAGAGAUCGACAAACUAUUAAGAGACCGUCAAUUCUUCAACCUGAUCUGGAGGAACCAGCUCAAGCGACUGAUGGACGGCAAGACCCAGAUCCUGGAGCUGGUGGAACAGGCCAUCACGGCCUACGACCAGCGCGAGGAGUGGUGCACCAAGCUCGAAGCCUUGAAGGAGAAGGCCGCCAUCGACUAUAGGAAGCAUUGCAUGGAGGUCCGCGAACUCCAGCGUCAACUAGACCACAGCCUGAAGCUGGAAGAGUUCCUGAGGACCAAGGGCACGGUGCGGCUGACGGCUGCUGACGCGAAGGCCGAGGCCAAGAGGCUUGAGCAGCAGGAGGAGGAGAUGCGGGCUUACAACAACUAUGUCAAUGUGCUUGAUGCUAUACGGGAGUUCACCGGCGAAGAAGACGUGGACAAGCUGAUCCAGGAGUUCACCCGCCGGGAGGAGGAGAACUACGCCCUCUUCAACUACAUCAACGAGGUCAACACUGAGUUAAAGAACCUGAGCGAUAACGUGAGGAUGCUCCAGGCUAAUAUUGAGGACGAGCGCGCCAAACACCAGGCUAAACUCUACAAGCAACAAGACAGCAUCGAGUCCCUCCGAGCGACCCUGGAGGAACGCCGAGCGAGCACCGAGGAGGCACGAGCUGCGGUCGCGCGCAGCGAGCUAGUACUGGCCGCGUUGUUGCAGCAGAUACAGGCUCUAGCAAUAUACAGGCUUUGGCUUGCAUCUGCUUUGUACGUAAAUGACGUCAGAGACCAACAAGUGCCAAACACCAAGCGAAACUACAAGCAGCAGGACAGCAUCGAGUCCCUCCAAGCGACGCUGGAAGAACGCCGAGCGAGCACCGAGGAGGCACGAGCUGCGGUCGCUCGCAGCGAGCUGGUACUGGCCGCGUUGUUGCAGCAGAUACAAGCACUGGCUAUAUACAGGCUUUGGCUUGCAUCUGCUUUGUACGUAAAUGACGUCAGAGACCAACAAGUGCCAAACACCAAGCGAAACUACAAGCAGCAGGACAGCAUCGAGUCCCUCCAAGCGACGCUGGAAGAACGCCGAGCGAGCACCGAGGAGGCACGAGCUGCGGUCGCUCGCAGAGAGCUGGUACUGGCCGCGUUGUUGCAGCAGAUACAAGCACUGGCUAUAUACAGGCUUUGGCUUGCAUCUGCUUUGUACGUAAAUGACGUCAGAGACCAACAAGUGCCAAACACCAAGCGAAACUACAAGCAGCAGGACAGCAUCGAGUCCCUCCAAGCGACGCUGGAAGAACGCCGAGCGAGCACCGAGGAGGCACGAGCUGCGGUCGCUCGCAGCGAGCUGGUACUGGCCGCGUUGUUGCAGCAGAUACAAGCACUGGCUAUAUACAGGCUUUGGCUUGCAUCUGCUUUGUACGUAAAUGACGUCAGAGACCAACAAGUGCCAAACACCAAGCGAAACUACAAGCAGCAGGACAGCAUCGAGUCCCUCCAAGCGACGCUGGAAGAACGCCGAGCGAGCACCGAGGAGGCACGAGCUGCGGUCGCUCGCAGCGAGCUGGUACUGGCCGCGUUGUUGCAGCAGAUACAAGCACUGGCUAUAUACAGGCUUUGGCUUGCAUCUGCUUUGUACGUAAAUGACGUCAGAGACCAACAAGUGCCAAACACCAAGCGAAACUACAAGCAGCAGGACAGCAUCGAGUCCCUCCAAGCGACGCUGGAGGAACGCCGCGCGAGCACCGAGGACGCACGAGCGAGCUGGUCAUCGGAAUGCAACUCCCUACCUCUGAUGAAGCUACUCGGCAAGUCGUUCGGCGUGAGCGAGACCAACGCGCGUCUUUACAUCAAGAGUCUUGAGAAGAAGGUCAUGGAGAUUGUAGAAGUUAUCAAGAUUGAGGAGGCAUGGCAGCGAGCGGCGGAAGGCAAGGAGCGCACUCCGCCAUCCUCGCGGCGCCGGCGCAAGCCCGCUCCGUCGCCGCGCGCGCCCAGACAUAAAGACGCGCCGCAGAUCGCCGUGCAAGCCUAA